GUAUUGGUAUGUUGGUUGUUGGCUUUGUAGAUAUCUGCGAAUACAGCGAACAACAGAGACUGUUUAAUUUACAUCGAAAUCGUUGAUGCUGCGGUUGUUAUUUAGCGAUUGUUGCUACAACUACUACUACUGCUGCUGGUGCUGUUGGUAGAAUAUUCCACAGUUGUGUAUGACACCGAAUUGUGUGUCCGUGUCGUGUCAGUGUUUUCAUUUUUUUCAUUUCAAUUCAUUUAAACAAAACACAGAAUUGUGAUGCGUCUUUUGCUUUUUUAAUGUUGUCUUUUUGCAAAAAUAUCUAAAGUGAAAAAGUGGGCAAGUCUUAAUUGUGAACUGUUGGCGUCAAGUGAUUGUUAAAAAUCGCAAGAAAGCAAACUUUUAGUUAAAGCAGUAGCCAAAUGUUGAUGAAUAAUGGGGAUAAGGUGAAGACUGUGGAAACAAUCCUAUGCAGCAUUAAACAAUUUGGCAAGUUGCCCGAAUAUUAUAAAAUACCAAAACAGCGAAAACAUGGAAACGGACAUGCGCCGUAUUGAGGACAACUAACAAAAUUAUUGGUAUUGGUAGUGGUAAAGUUGGUAUGCUGCAGCAGUAGUAGCAGUACGACGUGCAGCAAGCAGCAAUAACUUGGCAAAUAAAAAACGUUAAGAGAGAGGACGAGAGCGUAAACAUAAUAACAACUACCAGAACACACACACAUACAAAUAAGAGAGCAAGCUGUAGCUCAAUUAAGAACCAAAUAAGAGAAAGCCAUUUUGGCCAAGUAAAUGAAAAUUUUAUGAAAGAGGCUGUGAAUCGAAACUCAGCAAAACUGGCGGCCAAUACCAAAGAGAUGGCGUUUACACGACAUCAAAUAGACAAGCGUCGUUUAAUCGAAUUGGUCAAACUUAAUCCCAUAUUGUGGGACUGUCGUUUGCCUCAUUACAAACGAUCGGAUAAGAAAAAGGCCUUGAAAUGGAAUGAAUUGGGCCGCAUCUUCAGCGUCAAUGGUGAGAGGGUGCAAAGAACGUUUACUUCCUUAAGGGAAAUAUUUCGCAGAGAAUUGAAUCAUGAAAAGAUGUUGGGCUCCCGUUUUAAAUCCAAAUGGGAGUACUAUGAUGAAAUGUCAUUUCUAAAGGAGGUCAUAAGAGAAAGAAAGUCUCGCGAAAGAGCCAAAUCCAAUGAUGGCCAUGCAGCCAGUGUUACCAACAAUAACAACAACUCCACCACCGGCAUAGAUGAAUAUCAAUAUUUUGCCCCCAAUGAUCCGAAUAAUCCUCAAAAUCAACCCAUGCCUCUAGUGGCUGCCAAUCCUCCCACACAACCAUGUUCUUUGGUGGUGCCUACACCCACAAAUCUUCCUCCACAAAAUGGUGCCAGUACCCCACAAAUACCCAAUAAUCCUCCUAAUACUCCAGUAUCGAGUCUCUCGGGCAGCCAUAUACCCAACGAUGUCAUACUCAACCUAAAUCCCAGCACAUUGGCAGCACUGCAAAAAUUAAAUGCCUGCAACAACAACAACAACUCCAAUAUACAACCAUCACUUAGACCCAUAUCAAGGUCUCGUUCUAUGACUAUACGCUCUGGCUCCUCAUCACCUACAAUUUACAUAAAAGAUGAGCCAGACUCUUUGGACGACACCAUAUCUUUGGACACCACCUCAAAUGGAAAAGUUGCCACUAAGGAGCAUCAUCGACCUUUGGCGAAAACCAAAUCCCAGGAUCACAAAUUCAAUGCGGAAUCGAAGAAUCUUAAUAACUCCACACAAAAUCUAGUUAUAGAUGAAAGGGAUUGCAGUGAUAUAGAUGAUGAUCCCGAUGUAGAUAUGCUGGAUGAUGAUCGUCUCUCCAUAUCCACAUCCUUGGUGUCAUUGCAAAAAGAUUCCACGGCAAAUGCCAAAACCUCGCAAAGACUUCACCAGCAACAGCAGCAAUUGCUCAAACCAACAGCCCAUGAAAUUUUAUAUGCCAAAUUUGGAGAAUUUUUAGCUGCACGUCUCAACACCCUCAAUGAGACUAUGGCCAAUGAGUUGAUGAAUAAGAUUCUAAUGCUGAUAGCAGAGAAGUAGACUGAUCCAAUGACUGAAAAUACAUCAAGCCGAUAUGAUGGCGUGUAGAUUAUUUGAAACUUAUUUAAGUAUUAUUUUCUGUGUAUUCCCUUUUAAUGGCUCCAAGAGUUGUAGUUAAGUUUCUAAAAUUUUGGCAUAUGAUUUAAGUUUUUUAACACAAGAGAUUGUUAUAGCAAUUUAGUGCCAAAUAUUUUCAAAAAAU